AAAACGUUGAUAAAAGUUGCUUCGAUCACAUUUUUGUGCUAAGUUACGUCGGAGUAGUCAAAUAUAUAUAUAAUAGUAAGAUUGUUGGCCAAAAUUUAAAAAUUGGUGAUUUGAAGCGGGGGACAUAAAAUCGUCAUAGAGUUAUCUAUCUGCUUUUUAAGCAUAUUUGUUUUGCCAACCUAGUGGAAUCUUCUGAUGGUCACCCAAGGAGCAAUGGGUGGCACUGCGUGGCUGUUGCCGCUGCCAGGAAGCAAAUUGCUCUUCAUAGUUGUAGCACUUGCUGUCAGUCUGGAGACGGUUUCAGCAAGUACCCCAUCCCCAAGCAUAACUUUUAAUGCCGCAUCAACCACAACUGAUGAGAUUUCAAUGGUAAUCAACUUAUAUGGGACAUCUACCCCAGCGACAGUGAGGAGAGAGGGGGUGAUUGCGUUUGAAUUUACGCAAGAUGUUGCAACCCACGCUGACAAUGGUAAACUCGGAGGAACCCCUGGCACUGGACUUCAGCCGGGAAAGCAAUUUGAAUAUAAAUUAGAAACUCGCUUCGGCGGAGACUACACCCAAGCUAUGUGCACAAAGCCGCUGCCUCCAACAGGAGUUUCGGCUGCACUGGUGAAUGAGACGACUGCCAUCGUGUACUUCGCCUCCAACCCGGGAAAUUACGACAGCAUGACAGGCUUCACUGUCGAUUUCAACGACACUGAGUACUAUUCAAUUACCGGAAACAAUUCAGUCAUAAUUAAGUCAUUGAGCAGCGGAACUAGAUUCGGUUACCGGGUCCGGCAGGAGUUUGACUGCGAUGGUUCCCCUGGCAUCGACAUCUCAAGUGAUUGGACUUCUAUGUCGACUGUGAUCACACCACCCCCCAAGCAAGGAAUCAACGGAACCGCAUCAACUUUUUCGGACACUUAUAUCACUAUUGGGUUCUCUAUGACCGACGACGCUAACUCCUCUUUCACCUUCAGUCUUUACCGAGACAGCGAUCUCGUCCAGUACUGGGGGAAUGGGAACUUCUCGGGUGUAACUACUUACAAGGACGAUGCAGCUGAGACGUUGAUCCCUGGGACAAAGUACACAUACCAACUUGUUAACUUCGAUCCUUUUGCCGAGAUGGAGUUCUCUCUCGAUCCAAUCGUUCUAUGCACAAAUCCUGCCGUGCCCACUGCGACUCAGUUCGAGUACAAGACUGUGAAUUCCACUGUAGUCGAGUUGUCCUGGAAUGCACCUAAUCAGGGUUCAGUGACUUAUUACGAGUUCACGCGCAAAACAGCAUCAAACAACGCUACUGAUGACACGUCGCAGACCAACGAUACCUUCAUUUUUUCCAGUGGACUGACUCCGGCCACGACGUACAAUGGAGCCAUAGACACAUACUACACAUGUCCCAGUACAGACUGUGGAACUGUGACCGACUGUACCCAGAAGAGCACCGACACCCUAUUUGUCACCAGCAUGUUCUCCACACCUCCUGACCAGCCGAGUAUUGUGGCGACUGAGAUUGACUCGGCCACUGGUGCCACACAGUUGCAGAUUGAGUGGGAGCCAAACACGAAUGACGUCAUAACCUACAGCGCCAAUUACAAAUGGAGGAUCACGAGGAGCGACGACGGCGGAAACACGUACGCAACAGUCUUGAGUGAUGUGGCAUCGACUACCAAGUACCACUUCGACAGCAAUCUCUCGCCGGCAACAAUGUAUUACUACCAAGUGCAAAGCUCCUACUACGGCGGCGGCUCCAAUGAAUCAAACCCGGACACCGCCUGCACCUAUCCGACUUCUCCUGAGAACCUGCAGAUCAACACCAUCAACUCCACGCACCUCGAAUGCUCCUGGGCAUCCCCCACUGGCAACGGAGACCAGGUAGCGGGGUUCGAAGUGGCCUACAACAACCUGGGUGGAUUGUUCGUGUCCAAGGAGAGCACUAGCAAUGUCACUUUCAUCAAUGACCCUGCAUUUGCUACCAAAGUCAUCCAGGAUGGACCCAAUACCUGCUACGUGCGCACAGUUGCCAACUGCACUGACGAGGCAAAAACGCUGAACAGUUCCUGGGCGUCAGUUCAGGGCUACCUGGCACCUCUCACCCCCUCAGUGACGUCAACCUCAGUGUCUGACUCACAGAUACAGGUUAGAGUGGUGCCGGACAGCAUCAAUGCCGACACGAUCGGAAUGACGGCAACAAUCUUCAGGGACGGGGUCGUCAUCGCCGAAGCUAUCGGCGCCCCCUGGAUCUACCAAGAUACUUCGGACCUGGAACCAGGAAAGAGAUACACGUACACUGCCAUUGUUGAGCAGAACGGGAACCCCUCGUCUGAGUCAAUUGGGAAACUGGAGUGCACGAAGCCGGCCCAACCAGACCCGAACAGUAUCUACGCUAUCUCAAAUAAUAGCACUGCAAUCACUGCCUAUUGGACCGUCAGUGAAGGUGAAGUGAGCAAAUUCAUCGCCAAGUCCCAGAAAGACACCAAUGUCCAAAUAGACGGAGAAGUUCCAGUCCCGACCGGAACUACCAGCCUCCAGUUCACAUUUUCUGGCCUGAUACCCAGCAACUGCUACACUCUCGAGGUCCAACCGGUGACUGAUUGUAACACAACAGACAUGGAUUUGACAGCUACAAUUGCAAACUACACCGGAGAGCCAAUCACCAUCUCGGCCUGCACAGAACCGGAGGCGCCUGGCAUAAUUGUGAACCACGGACCCCUUGGGGAGAUGUACAUUGAGUUCAACUCAACAGACACCGACUUCACAUACCAUUUAUGGAGAUCCACCAACAACGUCUCCAACCCAGAGUACAAACUGGACGUUUCAGGGGUGGACAACGGAGUCUUCAUCGAUACCGACCAAAUUGUGGGGGGAUACGCUUACUGCUACAGAGGUGCUGUCGAAAAACUGGGAGAGAUAUCAGCCGUUUCUGACAUUGUGUGCAACUGUGCUAAACCGAAUCCAGUGUCAAACUUGUUCGUGUCCAACUACACAGAUACCAUUCUGGACAUCAUGUGGGUGAACCCACAAGGAAACGCCUCGUUCACCAAUGUGAUGCUAAAUGAGCUGUCGGCUAACUCCACUCCCUUUGCCAAUGAAUUGGCAUUUGGAACUACUGCCAGUGGAGUCGUCCUCACACCCAAUACUCCCUACACGAUUAAAGCUACAAACUUCGUGCGCUGUUCUGUGACUGGAACUGAGGAGUUGUUCGCGUCCACUUCAGUGACCAUUUCGGACUGGACCAGUGCCCCAUUGCCCGGAGUCGCCCUGUCUACCACUCCAGACCUACCUCCCAGCAUGACGGUUUCCUUCUUUUUGUCGGGUGGGGUGAGUGAAUUUGACUUGAGUCUGGAAAGGGACGGCAACAACAUCGGAUCCCCAAUCUCCUCGCCCUUCAUCGACACACCCCUCGUACCAGCCACCGCCUACAGCUACACUGGGUUCCUGAUUGGACAUAAUGGGGAGUUGAGUCCUGCCAGUCAAGUGGUAUACAUGUGUACCCACCCGGAACCCCCUCUGGACUUGUUUGAGGACAACUGCACCACAACCGAAGUGUCUGUCAAGUGGAGCAGCCCAGAUGAACAUCCCACUGGAUACUAUGCCAUGCUCGAUCGUCUCGAAACUUCUCUCGUCACCGCGGUGGACGCUGCCGGAACAACCGCGCGGAUAUCGGCGUACGGGAAUGCCGUGAACGGAGUAACAGCCAGAGACGAAACCGACGAUUUGACAGAUUUGGUCGACGGGGGAACUGCCGGUGGAACUUUGUCUCCUGCCGCCCAGUACAAAGUGAGUGUGACCGGGUGUAUCGACUGCAAUGCGACUGACUUCGAAGCACUUCGUCUGGACGAAACAACUGAUCCAGGUAUUGUUCUUCUUGAACUGUGUAGCCAGUUUGCCGUGAUUGACGUGUACACGAGACCCGAACUGCCGACUUGCACAGUUGUGCCUGAGGACAUGUUUGUGAUGCAAAUAGACGCCACUCCAAACGCAGCAGACGCCAACCCCACCAGAUUCCACAUUCAGCGUUCUGACGUGGGCCUUGACCUUGCUUCCAACAUGAGCUCAUCUGAUUUGCCCUACCAAGACAGUGACGGAACUAUUCCAGGUACUGAGUAUGUGUACAUAGUGUAUUCAGACUACAUGGGAUGGCUGAGUGCGGCGGCUACGUGUGUGGGCUGUCUGCACCCCAGACCCCCGGUCAAUCUGAGAGGAACCCCUGAGAACCAUACUGAGAUAUACCUCAGCUGGGAUGACCCUGUGUUGGAAAGUGCCGUGGAUGCAUAUGAAGUGGCUAAUGGGGAUGGGGCGUGGGUGGAUGCCAAUGGAAUGUCAGGCAGAGACCACACCUUCACUGCUCUCCUGCCCUCCACCUGCUACGACUUGAACGUCAGGACCAGAGUGGACUGUGACAAUGACGCGCUAGCACCCAACGUGCCUGAGUACUCGACCCCUGUGCAGGUUCAAAUGUGUACACAGCCCAGUCCCUGUCAAAUCAGCUCGGUGGCAGCUGUAGAUGUGUCGACUGCUGACUACUCGACUAAGAUGGAGAUCGAGAUCACCACCCUGGCCGCCCAUCAGUACAAGCUCUACAGGGAACAUAUCCAAGUGGCUUCCGGUCUGCCCAGCACCGACCCCUACUAUGUAGACAGCCAACUCCUGUCCGGCUCCGCAUUCUGCUACAGCUGCUCCGCAAAACUCAAUGACAUUGAGGGAGAGCGGGGCCCAGAGGUUUGUGGAUGCAGUCGGCCAGCACCCCCGUACCAACUGGAAUCGGAGGCACUAUCCCCCUCUCGGGUCAGAAUCACCUGGACUGCUCCGGACGCCCACGAUAUCAGCAUCUGGUUCGAAGUGAAGGACUCCCAAGAGAACACAGUGGAGGUGCCGGUCAAUGAGUUUCUGGAAUGGCCCAAUGCUCUGGAAGAGGGCAACAUGUACAUAUUCAGUGUGAGGACAGUACUCAACUGCAGUGUGGCAGCCGGGGUGGAGUUGACCUCAGACUGGGUGGACGUGAAUGCGUACACUUCACCAGGCAUGCCAAUCAUUGAACAGGUGGACUAUGGCACAGACUUCAUCACAGUCGAUGUGGUGGCAAGCGGAGGUUACGACUCAAUUCGACUGUUUCUAAACGAGGACGAAUACAUGCCAGGCAGUGACCUCACUUUUCCCCUGGUUGUGGAUGGUCUGGUGCCAGGAACCUCCUACUCAUUCUUCGUGACUGCAUUCAAAGGCGGAAUAUUCAACACGAGCGAAACAAUUGUCUGGUGCACAAAUCCUGAAGUACCUACAAAUCUGGACACGAAAACCAGAUUUUUCUACGGGUUCCUGGUCGAGUUCGAUUCGCCUCUGAUUGGGGACAAAACUGGAUAUGAGGUUUGGUCUGACGUCGAUUCCAUCUGGCAUCCUACAAAUUCGAGCAUGAACACAUUCGCUGAGCAGUUUUACUUCAUCAACUUCGACAUCACAACAGAUUUCUCUAGAUUUACUAAUUAUUUUGAUAUUGUCUACCAUUCAAUUUAUGGAAACGAUUGGGCGUACGAGGAGCCGAGAAAGAGCUUUGACAACCUAGACUCUGGGAGCUCUUACACUGUGAAGGCCAGGUCAUUCAAGGUGUGUGAAGUGAAGGAAAUCGGAAGUGAUGCAGUGAACACUACCUUCUACAGUGAUCCUAUAACCUCAACAGCCGUCACAGGCGCUCACCCGGUGGUGCAAGUGGAGACGACUCCUGUGUCGCAGACUGAGAUCGAGAUCACCUGGGAGACAUUCGGAGAGCACAGUGAUGACAUCAUGUUCAACAUCUACAGAUACCACGACGGCUCACAAGACCACGAGGAGAAGAUCGAGAACGUCACUCUUAAUGAUUUGCCUUAUAAGGACGCAGGUCUGCAGGCUGCCAGUCUUUACACAUACGAAGUGUCGGUUGUGCAUCUGGACGUGGAGAUCUUCGACUAUGCACGAGUGGCUUUGGAGGCCGAGUACUUCUACGGGACUCGGAACAACACUGUGGACUUCUUCAAUUAUAAUGGCAGCAAUCGAGAAUUAGCUUGGCGACCAAUCUAUAUAAACUACCCACCUACCCAUACAAACAUCUACGACAUUUCUGGAGAGCAUGACCUAUUCACAUUCUACUUCCGAGAGAAGACUGCAUGCACAUACCCGCCGAAUCCGUCUAGUAUUUUGUGGUUUGCAGACACCCAUAACAGCACCCGGGUAACGUGGACUGUGGACGACUAUUCGGACGCUCAAAAUCAGAACCACCCAGACUACGGAAAAAUCAACACCACAAUUUAUCUAUACGUGAACGGAGAAUUGCACAGUACUCUUCCAGAAGACUACUCGAGUAGGGAGCACGUGUUCAUAGAUCUACCCAACCCCAAGACCGCCUAUACGUGCGAAGUGGCCAUCGGUCUGACCUGUCCAGAUGAUAAAGUGAAUCUAGAUGUGAACGAUUAUGGCUCUUCUAGCGCUGUUGCUGUCAGGAUCUACCCUUACAUUACUGCAAAUGCGACUCUGGACGAGACGGACGUUCUGAUGAGUUUCGACAGUGAGACGACUCGGGAAAGGCGACAAGUCACGUGCUACACCAGGCCCUCUCCGAUCACGAUCCAGAGUAUAGUGCCGGGGGAGAGUGACCCGACGACUGAGAUCCGAGUGGAUUACUCCCAGCCAGACAGCGGACUCACAUACACCGCCACGCUCGUGACUGAAUUGUCCGAGUCUCCCUUUCCUGACACGACAAUCGAGAAGAACGAGACUCUGGACUUCGUCACCAUCGACAGUCUGGUGCCUGGACAGGCGUACAAUGUGACCAUGCGCUCUUUCUGGCAGCCGCCAGACACCAGCCUCACAAUCUACAGUCUCCCCGCCCCCUACCAAUACACACCUGAUUACGUCACUCUAACUGGAAAUGGACAGACUGAUCAGUAUGACCCGAUGUAUGGAUGUACAGACCCUGGAUACCUGGAGGACUUUGAGUACUUCGGAGUGGACAACCAGACAGUGGGCGUGACCUUCUCGGCCCCGUUGGGUCUCAGCAGGAGCUACUACUUCCAACUUUCGCCAGACAGCAACUACAAUCGCACAGAGAUGUUGAACGCGUCUGCUGGGGUGUAUGCUUCGAGUGGUGAGACCUUCUCGGCCAACUUUGGCGGAUUCGGAGCCUGUCAGCAGAUAUUCAUCAAUGCUUCCAGCGAGAGUGGCUGUGGAUCUAUUCUGGGCUCUCAAUUUACCAACGAAUUUGUGUUCGCCUACACAACGCCUGUAACGCCAUUCUGGGUUCCGGCUUCAAGCACUUCGGAUUCCAACUCGGCAAUUACUCUGACUUGGGACGACGAAAACAACUCGCCGACGUGCCCCACCCGCUUUAUGGUGUACCGGGAUGGAGUGGCCUCUUCGGAUCCCGACAACAAUGGCACCUCCAAGUCCAUGACGGACGACACCGGACUGACUGCCGGCACCACUUACGAGUACAGAGUGUCAGCCUCCGCGUACGGAGAGACCAGUCCUACCUCCGACAUCAUGGUCAUUUGCACCAAACCCGAUCCUCCCUCUGGUCUGGUGCUAAUCAGCACUUCCCAUGGCUAUGCUGUGAGUGUGGGCUGGGACGGCCCUGCUGUGGGGUCAGCCACUGGCUACUUUGUGUCAGAUAGCCUCGGAAACUCAAACAUGCGUGUGCUCGACACCAGUUUCAAGUACCAGACGGUUAUGACUCCUGGGUCUGAGACAACUCUCACUCUCACCAUCUCCUCCUACUUGGAGUGUGACGUCACAGGGGAGGAGCCAGUGCGGGAACUGGUCAGCGACACUUCAUUCACAGCAGCUGUCACCCUCGUAUCAGCUCCCGCCCAGCCGAAACUGACUCGGCAUUCAACUACGAGCAAGACGGACUUCGUGGUGGAAGUAGACAUAGCAGAAGGCCUCAUCUCUAAACUACUCGUCAAGUAUAUAUAAUAGAUAUUUAUUAGACCGAUUUUGUGAAUAAGUUAUUUUGAGUGCC